CCGCCCGCUAAUGUUUUGGCCAAUUCAAGAUGGCGGUGCAGGAGUCAGCUGCUCAGCUGUCCAUGACCCUGAAGGUCCAAGAGUACCCGACCCUCAAGGUGCCCUACGAAACACUGAAUAAACGCUUCCGAGCUGCUCAGAAAAACAUCGACCGCGAAACCAGCCACGUCACCAUGGUAGUGGCCGAGCUGGAGAAGACCUUGAGCAGCUGUCCUGCUGUGGACUCAGUGGUCAGCCUUCUGGACGGUGUAGUGGAGAAGCUCAGCGUGCUGAAGAGGAAGGCAGUGGAGUCCAUCCAGGCCGAGGACGAGAGCGCUAAGCUGUGCAAACGCCGUAUUGAGCACCUCAAGGAGCACAGUAGCGACCAGCCGGCGGCAGCCAACGUGUGGAAGAAAAAGCGCAUGGACCGCAUGAUGGUGGAGCACCUGCUACGCUGUGGCUACUACAACACAGCCGUGAAGCUGGCGCGGCAGAGCGGCAUCGAGGACUUGGUGAAUAUCGAAAUGUUCCUGACGGCCAAAGAAGUCGAGGAGUCCUUGGAGAGGCGGGAGACAGCCACCUGCCUGGCCUGGUGCCACGACAACAAGUCCCGGCUGCGGAAGAUGAAGAGCUGCCUGGAGUUCAGCCUGCGGAUUCAGGAAUUCAUUGAGCUCAUCCGGCAAAACAAGAGACUGGACGCUGUGAGACACGCAAGGAAGCACUUCAGCCAGGCCGAAGGGAGCCAGCUGGACGAGGUGCGCCAGGUCAUGGGCAUGCUGGCCUUCCCAUCAGACACGCACAUCUCCCCAUACAAGGACCUUCUGGACCCAGCCCGGUGGCGAAUGCUAAUCCAGCAGUUUCGGUACGACAACUACCGGCUUCACCAGCUGGGCACCAACUCAGUCUUCACACUCACCCUGCAGGCUGGCCUCUCGGCCAUCAAGACUCCACAGUGCUACAAGGAAGAUGGCAGCUCCAAGAGCCCUGACUGCCCUGUGUGCAGCCGCUCCCUCAACAAGCUGGCACAGCCCUUGCCCAUGGCCCACUGCGCCAACUCCCGCCUGGUCUGCAAGAUCUCUGGUGAUGUGAUGAACGAGAACAACCCGCCCAUGAUGCUGCCCAAUGGAUACGUCUACGGUUAUAAUUCUCUGCUUUCUAUCCGUCAAGACGAUAAAGUCGUUUGCCCGAGAACCAAAGAAGUCUUCCACUUCUCACAGGCCGAGAAGGUGUACAUCAUGUAGGCCGUUGUCAGCACACGGGGGCGGGCUCC